CCGCGCCUGAUCCCAGAGGUGUUGGUGCAGGUUCCCUGGGCUGGCCAGACACACAGGGCCCCACCUUCCUAUUUCUCCCCGGCCACAGCCCGUCCAUCACAGUUGAGCAGCUGUUUGCCUGAAGUUAAUUUCCAGAGGCAGGAGUCCCCAGGGCUGGCCAGGGAAUGAACCGCGAGGGGGCUCCCGGGAAGAGUCCGGAGGAGAUGUACAUUCAGCAGAAGGUCCGAGUGCUGCUCAUGCUGAGGAAGAUGGGAUCAAAUCUGACGGCCAGUGAGGAGGAGUUCCUGCGCACCUACGCGGGGGUAGUCAACAGCCAGCUCAGCCAGCUCCCCCAGCACUCCAUCGACCAGGGUGCCGAGGAUGUGGUGAUGGCGUUUUCCAGGUCGGAGACGGAGGACCGGAGGCAGUAGUGGUGAACCCCUUGGAACACCCUGGAAGCUGGCAAGGGCCAAGAGAUCUGUGAGGACCUCGGCCAGCUGAGUGGCAGCAGAUCACCUUCCCGAUUCCCCUGCCCCUACACCCCCACCCCGCCCCACUCCACCGUCACUCAGCAGGGCUGGCCUCGAGGGAGCCACCGGUGGUGCAGUUACAAUUGGCUUAAGGGGACGGACUCAUGAUUGGCUGCAGAAAGAAACCUUUUUAUUUUUAAAUCUUGACCAACAGAAACCUUUUAUUUUUAUUUCUGACUUUUUUUUUUUUUUUAAUUUGCGCCUCGGUAUAUGGCUUCCCAGGAAGCUCUCCGAGAUCUGGUGCUUUAUUUAGGUCACUUUUUAGGAAUGUGAAGAGGCCCGAUUGGCUGCUUAAACUGGAAGAGGAUUUUGAUUGGCCGGCUAGUGGGAAACGGGUUUUUUUCUUUGAUUGGCUGCAGGUGUUCUGCUGAUAGCAACAGCUUCUCUCUUUUGAAUGCUGAAAACAGGGUUCGGGACAUUGGUUGUUAUAUUUGACUUGAAAAGAAAAAAAGAAAAGAAAGAAAGAAACCAAGUGCGCUUUGCAAUAUUUAUUACACAAAGAGCUUGCUGCUGCUUUCCCAUGUUUUGUUUGUGUUUGCAUUUGAUUGGUUUUUGAUACGUGUGUUUGGGUUCUCAUUGGCUCGUCCAGGACUCCCGUUGCCAUGGGCUUUCCCCCCACUCUGCCGCGCGCAGUCCCUCUCCAGACGGGGACCCACCUGGAGAGUGCAUUUGCUUUAAUGACCACACCUGGCUUCCCCAGCGGGGGGACCCCCAAGACCUCAUGCAGUGUCUACAGCUGGAAAGCGGAGCCCCCAAAGAGGUUUGUGCCGUCCAGAACUCGCAGACCGCAGCUUAGAGGCGACCAUUAGGCAGGAUUUAUGUGCAUCACUUCCAUGCGUUGGCAACCAGCCAGCUCCCUGGGGGCGGGGAGGGGGGGUGGGGGGGUGGAGGAUGGAAUUGCUGGGCCUCUCCAGCCUGCCCAUGCCGAGCACAGGAGCACCGCACUGGGCGGCUCUGUCUUUUCAGCUCUUCCCUCCAGAUCUACUUCCUGAGGCCUCAUCUGGGGCUCCUCCUGCAAAGGGCAGGAGCUGCUCCUGGCUGUGAGACCCCACAGUGGAGCAGAACUCCCUGCCUAGGAGCCCGGAACCCUCACAAAGCUUGGCUCACAAGGCCCGGGAGGCCUUUGGCUCUAAACCCCCAGCCCCGACCUCCGCCAGCCAGGCUCCCAAGGUGCCUGCCGCUGGGCAGUAGGCCCUGGCCAGCACUCGGAGUUCUCGGAUCCCGGGCCUGCGCCCCUCACUGCACCGCCUUCAGAAGGGUCUCUCUCCAUGUCAGCCUGGAAUGGACGGA